AUGAGUUUAAAUAAUAACAGGAAGAAACACAUAAAAUUCAUCGAGAGACAUCUAGCCUUGCUACCUGGAUCUCAUGAGGCACAAGAUGUCAAUAAAAUGGCAAUCGUAUUUUACGCCAUUGAGUCAUUAUGUGCAUUAGAAAUUGAUACAAAAGAAAUAUAUACAAAGAACCUAGGAUGGAUACAUAAACAUUAUUCAAAAAUUUCCCUCGAGAAUGAUGAACCUAUAGCUGGCUUCGUUGGUAGUCUGACUAUGGAUAUCGCAGGUGUCAAUACAAUAAGUCUGCCUAAUACACUUUUUGCCUUGUUAACACUGCUGAUACUGGAUGAUAGAGCAUUCCUAACAGAUUCAAUUGAAAUGGGGCGCAUAUCCUCCUUCGUUUCUGCUUGCCAAUUAGAAGAAAAUGGUUCAUUUAUGUCUGCAUUGAACUUCGAUUCGAUAGAAGCUUCUUCUGUUGACUCUAACGACUUGCGAUUUUGCUACAUAGCUGUUACAAUCUUAUAUCUCUGUGGAUCUAGGACUAUCAACGAUUUUUCGCGGUAUAUUGAUACUGAGAAGUUGGUAGAGUUUAUUUCAAGUCAAAAGUGCAACGUAGGUGGGUUUGGACAAUAUGGAGAACCUCAUGCAGGUUAUACUUCCUGUGCAUUAUCUGCCUUGAAAUUAUUGGAUAGUCUUGAUAGAUUAAGUGAAGAAUUCAUAGAGAAAUCUAUAACGUGGCUAGUACAAAGACAGGUUUCUAAUAUUGGUUGCUCGAAAUUCGAGAACGAGAAUAAUGCAUCUUAUGAUGAAUUUGAUCAUGGUGGCUUCCAAGGAAGGGAGAAUAAGUUUGCAGACACUUGCUAUGUGUUUUGGUGUCUUAACUCAUUACAAAUAUUGACACCCGAUUGGCAAACUUUGUGCAAUACUAGUCUAGUUAGAGACUUUCUUUUGAAUAGAACUCAAAAUUUAGUGACAGGUGGGUUUAGUAAGAACGAUGAGGAUGAUCCUGAUCUUUAUCAUACAUGUCUGGGUAUUGCCAGUCUAAAGCUGAUUGACGAGUCGUUUAAUGGUGUUCUUUGUAUACCGAAAAACAUAUCCUCAUCUUUAGAAUCCUAA